AUGAAAUCCGAAUCCAGCUCUUUGUUCUUCUUCUGUCUGUUCCUCAUAGGCAGUUUAUCCAUUUGUGUUGCCAACUAUGUUUAUAAGCCACCAUUUCGCGGCUAUCACUAUCCCAAGCCAGCGCCGGGCAUUCAAUCGGAUUACAUUGAAGAUCUAAUCGAGGGGCAUAAGCAACAGAUAUUGUCAAAUGUUCUGGGUGGCAGUUCCUCAUCUCUCUCCUCUUCCUCCGCUUCAGCCUCCGCCACCGAAAGCGAGUCGUCGCCGUUGGAAGCCGCCUUGUCGCCAUUUGAGAGCGGCGAUGCGAAAGCUUUUCGAGUCAAUCGUUGCGCAAGCUGCACUUGUGGUGUGCCCAACGCCAUUCGCAUUGUGGGCGGCACUCAGGUGCGUACCAAUAAAUAUCCAUGGAUAGCACAAAUGCUACGCGCUUCGCAGCUCUUCUGUGGCGGCACUUUGAUCAAUGAUCGCUAUGUUCUAACUGCCGCACACUGUGUCCAUGAGAUGGACAUGUCGACGGUGUCUGUGCGUCUGCUGCAGCUUGAUCGCAGUUCCACUCAUGUGGGCGUAACUAGGUCUGUGGCCUUUGCUCAUCCACAUGCUGGCUACGACCCGGUGGCACUGGUGCACGAUAUUGCCCUGCUGCGCUUGGAUCAGCCCGUGCCACUGAUGAAGAUGAUGAGGCCCGUGUGCCUGCCCAAAAGUCGGCAACAGCAGUUCGACCAUCAGCGGGCCAUUGUGGCGGGUUGGGGUCUGAGCCACGAGGGCGGCUCCACUUCCAGUGUGCUGCAGGAGACCACAGUGCCCAUUAUCACCAAUGCCCAGUGCAGAGCUACCUCGUACAAGAGCAUGAUUGUGGACACGAUGCUGUGUGCGGGCUAUGUGCAAAUGGGCGGUCGGGAUGCCUGCCAGGGUGACAGCGGUGGUCCGCUUAUUGUGCCGGAUCGCAUCUUCCGUCUCGCUGGAGUUGUUUCCUUUGGCUACGGCUGCGCCAAGCCGAAUGCGCCCGGCGUCUAUACAAGAGUCAGCAGAUACUUGGAAUGGAUUGCAGCCAACACAAGAGACGCCUGUUAUUGCAAUAAAUAAUUUAUUGAUUGAGUUUGCAGUUUUAAUUGGGGCUUGU